AUGGCAUCCGAGAAUAAGACCCAGUAUUAUGGAAUGCUCGACAAAUCCCUCCUUGAGCUCUAUCGAACCGGAUUGUAUUCAGACCUGACUAUCACUUGUCAAGGGAACACUUACCGAGUUCACAAGGCCAUCGUUUGCCCCCGGUCCACCUUCUUCACCGCCGCUUGCAAUGGAAACUUCAAGGAGAGCUUGGAGGGUAUGAUCAACCUGCCAGAUGACGAUCCCAUCACAGUGCGCGACAUGGUUUAUUACUUUUACAACCUCGACCUCGAAGGUCACCCCUACAUCCCAGAGGACGGAAAGUAUUUUGAGGAAAAACUGUCAGAAACCGAACAAGGCGACGAAAAGAAUCAACUGAUGGACCGGAGGGGCCGCAGAUUAGCGCGCCAUCGGAGAGUCAAGGAACGAGUUCUUAAGCUUGGGGCUCGGAUCGGCCCUUCUUCGAACCUCAGCCACUUCGCCAAGGUCUAUGCCCUCGGGGAGAAAUAUGGGAUUCCAGGCUUAAAGGCUAUCGCGGUCGACAACUUCAAGACGCUUGCGAAAUCAUACGCCCAGACUGAGGACUUCAAAUUCGCAGCGCAGGAAGUGUAUACCUCUACGAUCGACCAAGAUCGUGGACUUCGAGAUGUCGUUGUCAAUACUGUGUACGAGAAUCUUGGACUACUCAAUCACAAGGCUUUUGAAGCUUUCGUGGAAAGUAGCGGACUAGGACAUGAUGUUCUCAUGAAGAUCGCCUGGUUUUAUCGCGCCGGAUAG